UGUAGUGUGAGCUGUCACCGGCUUCUCUUCAGAGGGAUGCUGCGGGUUCUCGUACCGCCAUGGUGUCCACCGAGAUGAGCAACGGGCACACGCUGGCCAAGGAGGCCGGGGACGGACUGGCUAGCCCCAGCAGUAAUGGCGAGGUGUCGGUGUGUGUCGGGGGAGGACAGCAGGAUGAGCGACAGGCCAUGCUUCCCGGGGCGGCCCCUGUGGUACUGGAGACCCAUCUGUACCGGCGGCGGUUCCUGGUGCUCGGGGUGUUCUCGCUGUACUCUCUGGUGAACGCUUUCCAAUGGAUCCACUACAGCAUCCUUGCCUCCAUCUUCACCGGCUUCUACGGCGUCUCCAAUCAGGACAUCGACUGGCUGUCUGUGGUCUACAUGGUGGCGUAUGUGCCGCUCAUCUUCCCGGCCACCUGGCUGCUGGAUACCCGGGGCCUCCGCCUCACCGCCCUGCUUGGCUCCGGACUCAACUGCCUGGGAGCCUGGGUGAAGUGUGCCAGCGCCCGCUCCGACCUCUUCCCGGUCACCAUGCUGGCUCAGGUCAUCUGCUCUGUGGCCCAGGUCUUCAUCCUCGGGCUUCCCUCCAGGGUGGCUUCUGUCUGGUUCGGCCCCAAAGAGGUGUCCACCGCCUGUGCCACUGCCGUGCUGGGCAACCAGUUUGGCACUGCCAUUGGUUUCCUCCUCCCUCCAGUGUUGGUCCCAAGAUCAGAUGAUAUGGAGUUGACUGGACACAACAUCAGCAUCAUGUUUUAUGGCACGGCGGCCGUGGCUACUCUUCUGUUCAUUGUGACUGUUUUAGUCUUUAAAGAGAAGCCGAAGCUCCCUCCCAGCAAAUCACAAGCCGUUCUAGGGGGCAGCUCUCCUGAAGAUUACUCCUACAAGGCCUCCAUCGUGAAUCUCUUCAAAAACGUUCCCUUUGUUCUUCUUCUGAUUAGUUACGGGAUCAUGACCGGCUCCUUCUAUUCCUUGUCCACGCUGCUAAACCAAAUGAUCACACUUCAUUACAAGGGGGAAGAAGUGAACGCAGGACGGAUUGGGCUCACCCUGGUCAUAGCUGGAAUGGUUGGCUCCGUCAUCUGCGGCCUGUGGUUGGAUUACACUAAAACUUACAAACAGACCACUCUGAUUGUGUACAUCUUGUCCUUCGUUGGGAUGAUAGUGUUCACCUUUACACUGGAUCUAGAGAACCUCAUGGUGGUCUUUGUGACAGGAGGCAUUCUGGGAUUCUUUAUGACCGGAUAUCUUCCUCUGGGAUUCGAGUUUGCUGUUGAAAUCACCUAUCCAGAGUCUGAGGGCACCUCCUCUGGCCUUCUGAACGCCUCUGCCCAGAUAUUUGGAAUCUUAUUCACCUUGGCUCAGGGAAAGCUGACAACAGACUACAACCCCAAAGCUGGGAAUAUUUUCCUCUGUGCCUGGAUGUUUGUGGGAAUCAUAUUGACAGCUCUGAUCAAGUCCGACCUUAGAAGACACAAUAUAAAUGCUGGAAUCACCAAGUCCGAAGUCAAGGCAGUUCCUGUGGACAGUCCCGUAGAACCAGCCCCAAGUAUACAGUCCUCGACACAGCUCUAGUUGUGUCUGGAAAUGCCCUACAAGGGCCAUCACAAGGCCCACCACAGCGAUGGGUGCGACAGUCAGGCCUUCAA